UCAAAGGUGCCAGAAAUGCGCACAUGUGCACUCAGAAUUCCUCCUUUACGCAAACGACUUUAUGGUCAUUCAGUGCAAUAUGAACGGGAUUAAUAACAAAUUGGUGGAUCGUAUGCGUGUUCCCGAUCAUUUCGAUAUAAUCUGAGGCGCGCGCACGCGCUGCAGAAGGUAAGUGAAACCAGCAAAGGUAUAAGUCCUAGACAUGGUGAGGGUGGAGCUGGACCAGGUGGUGAUGAGGCGGAUGAGGGAGGAGGACAUUGACAUGGUCAAAUCACUCAUUCAGGAAGGCUGUGAGGGCACAGAAAACCGUCUCAUCCUGCACAUCCUCACACGUCCCCUCUGUCUCUUCAUCCUAGCUGUUCUGUCCUCAAUCCUGCGCUGCAUUUUGCACUCCUUUAUCAUGGCCCUCGCUAUUCCCGUCUUCCUGCUAAUUGUUUUUCUCAAGAUCACCAUGCCACGGGCCACAGGGGUUCUGGGUAGCAGCCGCCCCUACUGGGAUUAUGUGGGUAGUAGCUAUAGGGGUCAACAGGAGGAAAUUCUGCAGAACCCAUACUGCAGGAUCAGCAGCAAGACACCUGUGACAAAAAAGCAAAGGCGGAAAAUUGGACCCAAAGACAACGAGGAGGAGAAGUCCACAGAGAAGAUCACACCUGAGAGGGAAGAAGCAGCAGGGCAAGUGUGGGUGGCAGAAUCUGAGGGGGAGAUCAUGGGCUGCGUCUGCCUGGAGAGCCAGAAGCGAGCCAACAUCAGGAGGAUCUGCAGGCUGGUGAUAGGAAGCUGGUACCGAAGGGAAGGUGUGGGACGGCUGCUCGUCCAGAGUCUGGAGCAGAGACAGAGGGAGACCGGAGCGUGCCGAGUGUAUGCACACGUCCCGUACCCCUCCAAGGUAGGGGAGGCCUUCUUCAGAAAGCUGGGCUAUCAGCAGGUCGGGGAGGGCACUGAUGACGGAGGGGAUGAGGACCUGGAGAGUCCAGAGAGGGGCUUCCUGGGUCACCCACUCACAAAGGUGUUUUACAAAAACCUGUGAGGUACUGAAAGCAAAAAAAAGAA